AUGGUUCCCAGGAUAGCAGGAGACAGUGUGAUUGGAGUAAAACUUCUGGACAGCUCAUUGAUAAAUGAUGUUCAGGAGGGACAGACAUGCUGUUUCCUGCGUCUUCUGCUGCAUUUCUACAUCGAGAGAGUGUUCAAUAACUACGCCUCUUUACAGCCACAGCAGCAACCAUGGUCCAGCGCUCUGGCCAACGCUUUUGUCAGAAUCAGAAGAGAUAUGCAUAACUGUCACUGCCACUGUGGAGAAGAAACCCGGAGAACAAUUGACUCCCUCCAUACUGAGUUUCUCAAGCUUCAAAUAAACCAGGGAGCACAGAAGGCCAUGGGAGAACUGGACACUGUGCUGGAGUGGCUUGAGGGACUCAGCCAGAAAACACACUCAUGAUCAGGCAGAAACUCAGCAACGCCAGAGCGAUUUAAGUUGAUGAAUCCCCAAGCUAACAUCAAAGAUGGAACUCUAAGCCUGACAUUACUUGU